AGCCGUGCAAUGCGUUGCCUCGUCUUGUAAUUUAAUUGUGCUUUUGAUAUUACGCGUGACACACAUCGAACCCUUCACGGAAUAUAUAUGCCGGUCCAUUGACUUCCGCUGACCAAGCAGCAACUAUCGGAAGCCGUAGCGCUCUUACAUCCAGCCAAAGACUUCAGGAUCAACUUGGAUCUGCGGAUGUACUUCUCAAUAUGGAUAUUCGUGCUUGUGCAAUUCACACGUACGAAAUAUACAUCUGGGGAGAAAACAAUUUUAAAUUCUCCUCGUGGACCAUGCGAGGGAUACAAACAGGGCGAGGACGAUCUUCAAACAUUCGACUUCAUCAGCAAGUUGAAACUAGAUCUUUUGGAGGCACAUUACACUGACGUGACGCGAGUCAGAGGUAGCAAUCGUGUACAAAUCGCCUACAGAUUGGAAAAAGAUACAGACAUCACUCAACCAACCAAAGUUAUACUCCCAAACGGAUUGCCAGAGGAAUUCAGUACGGCUUGCACAUUUAGGGCCAGAAAACUGCCAAAGUAUACUUGGCACAUUAUCAGAAUCGUCGACAUGGAAAACGAGCCCCAGUUUUUAAUCGCAAUGAACCCAAAAAUUCAGACUUUGGAUUUAUCCAUGAAGAAGCAGACAGGGGAACUUGAAACGGUAUCGUUCUCGGCCGAUCGUAUCUUCGACAAAAACUGGCACAAAAUUAACAUUGGAGUCUUCAAGGAUAGGCUGGUGCUAUAUAUAGAUUGCGAAUAUAUUGACACACAAGAGUUGAAUCCACGAGGAACAAUCAAAGUAGAUGGCGAGAUAUCGAUAUCGAAAAUAUCACACAGCAAAAAUAUUACUGUACCGAUCGAUAUUCAGUGGAUGGUUUUAAAUUGCGAUCCUACGAGGCCAGAGAGAGAGACCUGUGAGGAACUGCCGAAGAGCCUUAGCAGCCCUUUAUUACCUCAGAGAAGACCUGGCUGCGAAAUUAUCUGUCCACAGGGACCACCGGGAAUUAAUGGCACUAAUGGUUUACCUGGUUUAACCGGAUUACCCGGACCACCUGGACCAAUCGGAGAACCCGGUUUACCUGGACAGCCGGGUUUACGCGGGUCACCUGGAGAGCAAGGCAAAGUAGGACCACAAGGAUUCACUGGUGCACGUGGAUUUCCCGGAAAUCCAGGUCCUAAAGGAUCUAUUGGGCCAAUUGGACUACCUGGAGCAAAAGGAGAAAACGGUGAAAGAGGGGACAUGGGAUUUCCAGGGUUGAAGGGAGAUCAAGGGCUCCCGGGACCACAAGGUUAUCCAGGUCCUCCAGGUCCACCAGGAAAGAUCAGUGACUAUCGUGACGCUAUACCAAAAUUUGUAGGCCCACCAGGGCCUCCGGGAUAUCCAGGUCAAAAAGGUUCGAAGGGCGAACAAGGAGAACGCGGCGACGAAGGGAAACAAGGUCAAAAAGGUGAGCCAGGAGAACGAGGUUCUCCAGGGCAAGACGGGUCUCCUGGUUCAGAAGGAAGGUCAGGACUUCCUGGCUUUCCUGGACCUAAAGGAGAAAUGGGAUUUCCGGGAGUACCAGGUCCUCAGGGAUUGCAAGGUCUUCGUGGUGAAGCUGGUGCACUAGGAUCACCUGGAAUUCAGGGUCAAAAAGGAGAAGCUGGAGAGCCAGGCCGUGAUGGUUUGCCAGGUUCGAUGGUCGGUUCUAUUCUACCAGGACCACCUGGUCUUGAAGGUCCCUCUGGUCCACCAGGAGAAGAUGGAUUACCAGGAGUGAAAGGAGAACCUGGUCCUGUUGGUCCACCGGGUCUCCCAGGUUUGCAAGGAAAGGAUGGCGCUCCUGGUUCUCCAGGACCUCCAGGAUCACAGGGUUCACCCGGUUUACCUGGAGAACCAGGUGUUCCAGGACCUCGAGGAAUCGAAGGUGCUAUUGGUAAACCAGGACUACCAGGACUCGAUGGACGAUCUGCAGAAAAAGGCGACAGAGGUCAUCAAGGAGAACAAGGUCCUGUUGGACCACGCGGUUUACCUGGGAGUGUCGGUGCGCCGGGUUUACCUGGAGUCGCUGGUAUUCCAGGAUUAGAAGGGCGGCCAGGUCCGCCAGGUGCCCCAGGUCCUCCGGGACCAGCAGGACCACCAGGAACAAUUUCAGACAUGUUAAGUACAAAUAACGUAUUGGAAACUAUGGGCAGUCCAGGAGUUAGUGGACCAAGAGGUGCGUCAGGUGCUCCAGGAUUACCAGGUGAGAGAGGACCUCCUGGAGAACGAGGUCCAGAGGGUCAAAUGGGACUACCGGGAAUGCCAGGAAAAGAUGGGGCUCCAGGACUUCAAGGACCGCCAGGGAUUAGAGGGCAGACAGGAAUGCCAGGAGUUCAAGGACCGCCAGGCCGAAGUAUCAUUGAGUCAGAAAUUCGAGAAAUAUGUACCAGUGUAUUACGAGAACAGAUGACUGAGAUGGCAGCACAGAUGCAAGGCCCACCUGGUCCACCUGGUCGAGGCCGUCCAGGUCGUCCUGGAUCACCUGGUCCACAAGGUCGCCCAGAGAGGCUGAAAACACUAACAGAAGGUCUACGAGGGCCACCCGGGUUGCCGGGGCUGGCCCGACAGGGUCGUCCUGGUCGAAUUGGAACCCAGGGCAUCCCAGGUGAUCCAGGUCUCCCAGGUUUACCCGGAGAGCGUGGAUUUGUCGGAUUACCAGGGCCACAAGGCACCAUAGGUCCUCAAGGUUCACCUGGUGAACGGGGUGAGAAGGGCGAUAAAGGUCAGGAAGGCGUUGGUGUAGAAGGUCCAAUGGGUCCGCGAGGACCGCCUGGACCACCUGGCAAUGAUGGCGUUGGAUUGCCUGGAAGGCAAGGAGAACGGGGGGAACCAGGCAGGCCAGGCAUUCCUGGGAUGAGGGGGCCACCAGGACUUCACGGAUUACCCGGAUUUUGCGAGUUCUGUAAUUAUCCAAGCGCCAGUUACUUACAGUAUUCUCGCAGCGAUGAGAAAGGACCCUAAAAUCAUAAGUAUUUCUAGGAAUUAAAAAAAAUAUUUAGAUAUGAGAAGAGCAAUUAACAUCGCAAAUACGAUUAACCUUUCGCUUAGUAAACAGUUAAAGCGUCUUUCAAAUCACUGCCAUAUGAAAACAAUACCUUUUGUUGAUCAUGCGUGUUUAAUAAAAUAAGUAUUCGUCAGUGAAGAA